CGCAAUCUUUAUGCACAACGUCAAGCAGAAAACUAUCGUGUGCUGCUGGCUGGUCUUUCUUUCCUGCUUUUGUAAAGUUAAUUAUUUUCUAUUUGCACCUGGCGAAGUGAUAUGCAAAUAGUGGCCAAUUAUCGCUGGAAAGUAGAAGAUUGCAGUGUCACUAGUGGCUAAUAACGUUGCUUUUUCGGUCGUGGCUUUUUGGUUUAUAACCAUUGUUGGUUUGCUAGCGAGUAGUGUUGUGUGUUUUUCUUUCUCCCGUCAGGAGGGUCGUGCCUCCAAGAAAGUGCGAAAAGUGCUAAUCUAAAACUGUAUUUCCGCUGUAUUGUGUUGUUUUCAUGUCGCCUGUAGUGUGAGGGAAUUUGUGUGCUUGAUCUUUUUAUUUUUGUUGUGGUCUUGUGUCUUCGCUAUUGUUGGUGGGUGACAGUUUCUCGAGUUUCUCACCUACAUUCUCACCACCCACCGAGGUUCCUUGCCCGGUUUUGUUUUGCUUGUGCACUUGUGUUUCGCCGACGUCGUCGUCGUCAGUCAGUCAGUUAGAUUCUGCUGUCAUCCACAAGUUUACAGACAUACGACGUGCCAGUAGGAGGUGUUUGUACGUCGGUCGGACGGCGGAGGCGCUUUAACCUUUCUGACAUUGAAACUGCUCGUGAGUGCGGUUAGUGUGUGGCGCUGUGACUGAUUGUAGCUCACUACUCUCUGUCGAUCGGUGGAAGCAGCAGCAGCAGCAUCGGACAAUAUUCCCGAUUCCCAGAUCGCCUUUGAAGACAAACGAGCCGGACCCGGUUGGAUGGCCAACAGCUAAUCCGCUACGGGAAUAUCGAGUUCGGAGUUUCUUUAGUUUAUUCUCAGUUCGGUUUAAGUUUUUUCUUUCCCCCUCACUAAUACGGUAACUGUGCGCGGGUAUUUAAUUCACUUCGGUCAGUGCUUGGUGGAAAAAGAUUAGCCAGCGAAAAAGAAUGGCCAAAGACGAGGAGGAUGAUUUGCUGCCCGACAAGGACGCCGCCAAAGGGUUCUACGCCAAGUACGAGCCGAAGGAAAUUCUUGGAAGAGGCAUCAGUUCCACAGUUCGACGAUGCAUCGAAAAGGAAACGGGCAAAGAGUUCGCGGCCAAAAUCAUCGACCUUGGAGCGGCGGAAUCAAACGAUUCCAAUCACAUGCUGGAAGCGACCCGGCAGGAGAUCCAGAUUUUGCGCCAGGUCAUGGGACACAAGUUUAUCAUCGAACUGCAAGAUGUGUUCGAAUCGGAUGCCUUCAUUUUUCUGGUCUUCGAACUCUGCAGGCAGGGCGAACUGUUCGACUAUCUGACCUCGGUGGUGACACUGUCGGAGAAAAAGUCCCGUUACAUUAUGAGGCAAAUCUUCGAAGGAGUCGAUUACAUCCACUCGCGGAACAUCGUACAUCGUGAUUUGAAACCUGAAAACAUCCUGCUGGAUGACAGUUUGAACGUUAAGAUUACCGAUUUUGGAUUUGCACGCAAACUGAAAGAUGGCGAAAAGUUAUUUGACUUAUGCGGCACGCCUGGUUACUUAGCACCGGAGACGCUUAAAUGCAACAUGUUUGAGGAUGCACCCGGUUACUCGAAGGAAGUCGAUAUUUGGGCUUGUGGUGUCAUCAUGUUCACACUGCUGGUCGGCUGUCCACCGUUCUGGCACCGGAAGCAGAUGGUCAUGCUGCGGAACAUCAUGGAGGGCAAGUACAGCUUCACCUCGCCCGAGUGGGCCGACAUUUCCGAGGAUCCGAAAGAUCUAAUCCGCAAGUGUCUGGUGGUGGAUCCGACGAAGCGCAUAACCGUGACAGACGCCUUGAAGCAUCCGUUCUUCAACACAGUACUUUUCGAACAAGACAUUGGCCCACUGAAGCGCAGCCUGUCGGCCAAAUCGAGACGGUUGAGUCGUAUCGCCGACCUGGCACUGGGCGUCCCGGAAAAAUUACGUAAACAAAGUCAUUUUAACGCUAGAAAAAAGUUUCAAUUCGCUAUAUUAUGUGUUAGAGCAAUGGUUAGAAUAAAGAGGCUGCGGUACACGCCGGAACCGCUGCGGGUCGAGGACGCACUAAGAGAUCCGUACCGCAUCAAGGUCCUACGAAAGGUCAUCGACGGCUGUGCAUUUCGGGUGUACGGUCACUGGGUCAAGAAGGGCGAGGGCCAGAAUCGGGCCGCCCUGUUCGAGAAUACCCCUCGAUGCGAGGUUUAUAAUCUUUAUCUCAACAGUCUUACUCGAUAAGCUGUAGGCCGGCAUCGAGGAAGCGGCUUUCUCGCUCGAUACGGGAAAGGAAAGCAGUAAAAGGCUCUUCGAUUAUGUCUCUAAGUAGGUAACGAAAGUUGCGAUCUGAGUUCAGAGUUUUGCUUGCACCUGAGUGAGGACACUCGAGUGCGAGAGGAUAUCUGAUUAAUCACACACACUGUUAGCGGGGUUUGGGUGAUCAUUAAAGUGUGUUUACCUAAUAGUUAGUUAUAUAAUCGCUGCUAAGUGUAUCUAAAACUGUACUAAUUUUCUACAUUUAUUUAUUGUACGUAUUUUGGCAAGCACAUUACAAAGUACAUUUAUUAGCUAGUGAUAGGUUGCAAUUAUUUUUCGUCUCUAAAAAGAAUGAUUUUCACCUGGUUGGCCCAACCGGAAUUCCGAAUCCGCACUGAGAAGCAAUUAGCUCCUGUAGUUUGUAGAGAAAAACAUAUCUUUUUUUCUUGUUGAAUUGAUUUACUCGCUGCAAUGGUUGAACAUUGCGCUUUUUCGUUUUUUUACUAAUUGGCAUCCCUGCCAGGAAAUGAUAAAACAAUGAUCAGAGUUAUACUCAUAAGCAAUGUUAAUUAGCUAUUGAAAAUUGUUUCUUGGUAUUACGAAUUAAUCAAUUCGUUCAAUUCGAGUUUGAUCAAAGUCGAGCUUAGCGUUGUGAAAAAAACACAGCUGGAGCUACGCUGGGUAAUAGUGAGCUAGACCCUAGGACCUGCCAAACCGAUGAUGGGUUUAGGUGAAUCUUACGUGCGCGAUGUAUCAUUUUCGCUAGUUAAGAAUCAAAGUGUUUAGCAACGAAAAACAAAAAUUCCGUUGUGUGCUGCACUGUACACCAAAAUAGAACCCCCCUGGUGUGAAAAUAUUCAUUACCCUUAGGCAAAAGUGAACAAAAUGUGUCCCAGAAUGCUGUUGAUUCUUGAUCUUAUAAUAGAAAAUUAAAAGAAAA